GCUGGCCGCCCGCCAGGCUCCGAGCAGAGCUGCCCGCGCUCGCCGCCUCUGCCGCGUUCCCCGCCUGGGCGCCGCUCCUUCCCCGCCGCACGAUGCUAUCGGUGCCAUCCCUGCGUGUCGGCCUCCUGGCCAGGAAAGGGAUCCUGGGAGCGGCCAGCAUCCGAGCAGCCCAUGGCCACGGCGGACACGUCGUGGCCCAAGAGGACUUCUCGGUGAGCCACUACUACGACAGGCGCAUCCAGCCGUUUCCGGACGUGCCCUACUGCAAGGAGCUGGAUUCGGCCCAGAAGGCGCUCAAGGAGAAGGAGAAGGGCUCCUGGACGCAGCUGACCGAUGAGGAAAAGGUGGCCUUGUACCGGCUGAAGUUCCACCAGACCUUUGCCGAGAUGAACAGGCGCAGCAGCGAGUGGAAGACCGUGGUUGGGGGCGUCGCCUUCGUCCUGGGACUCACGGGGUUACUCAUGUGGUGGCAGCACGUCUACGUGUAUCCCCCCAAGCCGCACACGAUGGAGGAUGACUGGAAAGCCAUGCAGCUCAAGCGGAUGCUGGACUUGCGCAUGAACCCCGUAGAGGGCCUCUCCUCCAAGUGGGACUACGAGAAGAACGAGUGGAAGAAGUAGGUGCGAGCAGGCGGCCCCUCACGACUGCGUCCGGGGCAGCGCCGGCUAUCUCGUGGGCACCAGCCGGGACCCCCCCCCUCCUGCCCCCGCAGCCCCGCUUGGGCCCUCUUCCGUGACCCAAACCUCCCAGAGCGUCCCGUGUGGCCUUGCCCGAGUCUCGCCUGCCCGGUCCUGGAGGCAGCGGCCCGGCGUGCCCAGGAGAUAGCCGUUCCGCAGCAGAUGGGUUUUGAUGCAAACCCUUUCCAGGGCCUUUCCCUAGUACCUGUGACGUGUGUCCGAUCACUUCCUGCACACAAUAAAACACGCUGAAUUCA